AUGAUCCUACUAUUUUUCAUCCAAAGAGUGCUUUCCUCUAUGCAAACAGCAAGCAUCAUCACUCAAUUCACAACGCUGGACCCCUUCUGCGAGAGCAACAUCAUCUACCCGGACGCGAGAAGUAAUACCUGCGAGGGAAGAUCAUUUCAACACGGAAAAAGCUGUUCAGCACAGUGCCUCGAGAGAGUAACAAUGACAUGUGACUGCAUGGAUAUACUUUUCAACACAAUUCUUAUUGCAAAGCCUGGAGGAUGUGUUUGGGAAAUAGAGGGAAUUUGCGAAGUCCCUGUGGUAAAGAAGACGGCAAGUGCAAUUGUAGAGGCUCUUUUCCCAUCAAAUACGACAGCUGCUGAAUGCGAGAACAAAAUGCUGAAUGCUAUCGAGUCGAGCUCGUCGAAAGCAAGUGCGAAUGUGACAUGCACGCAAGCUCAGCUGAGAAAACGGAGAUCGCUAAACUCUUCUCCAACCGUCACAUUUUUUAUUGAUAUCGAAUUGUCAGUAACACAAGUGGUCGAUAUUUCAGAAAACAACACAGACACGGAUAUCUCCAGUACAACUACGGACGAUAGCGAUUCACAGGAAAAUUUCAGCUCAAAUACAACAAAUACAAACACCUCGGAACAAGAAAUUCUAUCGAUUCUUAUUGAAGCAUCAGAAACGAUUUCCGAAAAUGCCCCAACUAAGAUCAAUAUUACCAGGAUAGAAAUUGAAGAAGUCGUAGAAGAAGCCACCCCAGCUGAGGAAGAAUCCAAUAUUUCUCAAUUCAAAGACACAAUCUUCACGCCUCAAACCUGCAACACAACGCUUCAAGACGAUACGUACCGAGUUAUUUACGAAAAGAAGAUUUUCCUCAGCUCAACUGGCAUUGUCGACGAUAUCAUCGAUGCAUUUGAAACUGAUUUGAUAGACGAUCACUCGCUAUGUGUGGAAUUUAACGACAUUUAUGAUGUAUUGUACAUUACAGUCGACAGUGCACCACAAGAAGGGAAUUUUUAUAUCGAGGGAGUAGAAAUCGAACAAAAAGUGGAGCAAGAAAUUGACCAAAUCGUAGAGUCACUAGCCCUUUCCGGAACUGUUGUAUAUCCUGAUUUCAACAAAACUUUGGUCCUGAUGCUCUUCGCCGAAGGAAUAACCUUCGAUGUUUCAGUCAAUAUAGAAUUCGAAAAUGACUGGACUUGGUCUUCAGAGCUACUUGAUAAAACAUCGAGUUCUUACGCCUUGCUUACGUCCGUUAUUUAUAACAUAUUCUCACUGAGUUGGGAUACCAUCGCUACGGAGAACAACCUCGACCUCGAUGUACAAAUCAAGUAUUCAAAGAACCAGGUCAACCGUCGUCGACGAUCCGCAACUGCUUCUACAACCGUGACCAUUACCUUGGAUUAUACAACUUCAGCAAAUAAUACAGACAUUAAUUCACCAUUAGAUUUGCAGUCGCUCGAGGUAUCUAUUAUGGCCGACUUAACAGAAGCUCUGGAAACAGAUUCCGAGCAAAAUGACGCCACGAACUUCCUUUCCAGUAAUUUCCAGCCGUCUAUGAAUUGCGAGGUAACAGUCACAUUCGACUCUGAAGAGGACCAAGAAGAAUCGACGACCAUAGCACCACCAACAACAGUACAAGUCAAUACAAUGGAUAGUGAAAGAAUAAGUGACCUCGAAGAAGCAGUUGAAGACAUGGAAGAAAGUUUAAAGAAUCUUUCGUUGAUGGACAUUGAACUGGCGGGCGACAUCUCAGAUCUAUCAGGCGAAAUUUCGAACGUUGAAAACUCGGUUAGUAAAAAGUCAAAGGAAGACCGUUUCAUGGAAAUGAUGAUUCUUCAAUCGCUCUUCAAAAAGACUCCUUCAACUUCAGCGGAUAUGGAUAAUCGACUACGAAAAAUGGAAGCUGACAGCAAAUCAUCACAGAAUCAGUUGGAGAGCAGACUUCUGGAUAUCAUCAACGGUUUGGCUAUCGAGAUACGAGACAUGAAGAGUGACAUCUUUUCUGCUUUUGGCAUUGAAUAA